UUCAAUAACGAGCCAUUAACCUCUAAUCAUGUGAAUCGAUCGGGCGUUAACAAGCCUCUCUUCAUAUGCAAAUGACGGCGCUGGCGACACGGCCAUAAAGCCCCGCGGAGUCGCUCCCACGCACUUCUUCUGACACUUGGCUGGAAGGAAGAGGUCACGCAGGCCAGGACCGACGACAUGGUGAAAUACUUCUCUGUGGAUUGGCUGGCCCGGAGCCACCGUGACACCGCGCUGGCCAGCUGCAGACCGCACGUGCCCUGCGUGGUGCAGCCGGGCCCGCCGGCGUACGGCAAAAGUUACCUGCAGCCCAAAUUCAAGUCGUGCUCGCCUUCGCAUUCGACGCGCUGCACGUCACCAAUUUCCGAAUCGAGCGACUACUCCUCUGGCUAUGACAGUGAAGCGGCUUCCUCCGAGUGUCUGUCUGUGGACGAGGCCAGCGAGGCGGGGAAAGAGUGCUCCCAGCGGAGGGUACGCACUAAAUUCACCCCCGAGCAGAUCAGCAGGCUGCUCAAGAUCUUCGACAAGCACAAGUACCUGGAGGCUGGCGAGAGGGUGAAGACGGCGCGCAAGCUGGGCCUAACUGAAACGCAGGUGAGGACCUGGUUUCAGAACCGCAGGAUGAAGCUCAAACGGGAGGUGCAGGACCUCGCUCCCCAAGCGCAGCCGGUCAUGUUCCAACACCUCCACCCGAUUCGGUACCGCGCCGGUGCCGCACAGCAAAGCCACUACCCCGCCACCUUUUACACCGUCCCCGUGCAGCCGCAUUUGGGCCCUCACUGUCACAGAGGGUCCCAUCUCAUGAUCCACAACCCAUAUUUCUACUGAAAACUGUUCAAGAAGAGACUUCCCACUCAAACACUUAAGUCCUUUUUUUUUAUUAUUAUUAUUGUA